AUAAGGGUAUGGGUUGAUGUAUAAUAAAUAAAUAUUAGGGGGAAUCAUUCUGUAUUUUUUAAUACUUUUUAGAGGGUUUAGUUGAAAAAGUGAAUAUUGAAGAGGGUGAAGUGCAAUUUUUAUUGAUGUUGAAUCGAGAGAGUUAUUAUUAGCAAGUUAAGAGAUGGGUUAUCACGCGACACGCACAUGCUUUAACGGUUUCCCGGUUAAACACCGCCAUCUGGCAACGGCAUUGUGUGCGAUCCCCAAGGCCCGCCUCUCUUUUGCCUCUUUGGACUGGCGGAAAUACCGAGUCAAUUCUGCUAUUCAAAUCCCUCGCAGUUUCCACUCACUUCUCUCUCUAGCACAAAAUUCCAUGGGUUCUGGUGUGAAAUCCAACAAGGAAUCUCGCAUCCCGGAGGAAGCGAAGAAGAUUCUGAAAUCUCUGGCCGCGGAAUGGAACGACAUAUCCGAUGCUGACGCGCUGCAGGUGAUUCCCCUCAAGGGCGCCAUGACUAACGAGGUCUACCAGAUCAAAUGGCUUACCAAUUCCACUCGUCAUGCGUCCAGGAAAGUGUUGGUGAGGAUUUAUGGAUCCGGCGUCGAAGUUUUUUUCAAUCGUGAAAAUGAGAUCCGUACUUUUGAGUUCAUGUCCAAGCAAGGCCAGGGCCCUCUGUUGCUUGGCCGCUUCCCUAAUGGCCGUGUCGAGGAGUUUAUUCGGGCUAGGACACUCACAGCAGGUGAUUUGCGUGAUCCUGAGAUAUCUGCUCUUAUUGCAACUAAAAUGAAGGAAUUCCACAGUCUAGAUAUGCCGGGGCCCAAGACUGUUGCUCUUUGGGAUAGACUUCGCAAGUGGCUUAAUGAAGCCAAACGUCUAUCUUCGCCACCGGAAGCUGAGGAAUUUCGCUUGAACAUUCUCCAAGAUGAAAUAUCAGAACUGGAAAAGAAUCUCUCGAUUGGUCAUCAACUUGUAGGAUUUUGCCACAAUGAUUUGCAAUAUGGUAACAUAAUGAUGGAUGAAGAAACCAGAUUGAUAACCAUAAUUGAUUAUGAAUAUGCAAGCUACAACCAUGUAGCCUUUGAUAUUGCAAAUCAUUUUUGCGAGAUGGCUGCAGACUAUCAUACUGAAACUCCACAUGUUCUGGACUAUAGUAAAUAUCCAGGUUUGGAGGAGCGUCAAAGAUUCCUGCGUAUCUAUCUGAGUGGUUCAGGCAAUCAACCUAGCGACUUAGAGUUGGGGCAACUACUUGAGCAAGUGGAGAAGUACACUCUUGCAAGCCAUCUUCUUUGGGGCUUAUGGGGAAUAAUCUCGGAGCAUGUUAACAAAAUUGAUUUCGACUACAUAGAGUAUGCAAGACAGAGGUUUCAACAGUACUGGGCAAAGAAAUCUGAAGUACUGGGAUUUUCAAGUUCGAGAAAACAAUAGCUUAUGGUGAAACUUGUUCCCUGGAAUGCUGAAAGAUAACUACUGUGAGGAGUUCCUAUCAAUGAUAGAUGGCCUGAAGUCCUCUGCGGCUGAUUCUACCGAUUAAGGGAUUCUCUGGCAGUAAAAGUAUAGAGUGAUACUUUGGGCCCUUCGGACAAAGAUUUUUUCCGAUCAUAUGUACAGUGAGGGCACAUAAAUGCUCUUUCAAUGUUUGGUUGAUGCUUUUCUGCACUUUGGAGAAAUAGUUUUUUGAUCAUACUGUACAGUGAGGGCACAUGGAUGCACUUUCAGUGAAUUCAUAUUAGGUUGAUGCUUU